AUGACUAGUUCGUGCAUUAUAUUCGGGAAAAAGUUCAACGUCGUGAUCUUGUGGUUCAAUACAUUCCCACCGAAGAACAUUGACAUUUUAACUAAAGGUCUUCAUAGUGCUGUGUUUAUUCUUCAAUGCACCAAUCUCAGACUUGGUCCAGUUCUAGCUGGGGCUGCUGAGAUUGAGGGGAGAUGA